CUGACAGGGCACCCCCCCCCCUCCUCGUGCAGUUCACGAGGUGCGGUGUUGGUGGGAGGGUCGUGGUGCUGCUACCGCUUGGUGCUGCUGACCGCUCUGGUGCUGCUGACCGCUCUGGUGCUGCUGCUGCUGCUGUUUGCUGCUCCAAUUCUCAUUGAUUACAAAUCAGAGAAGCGCCUUCGCGCACCGACAAGCAUUGUUGUGGCCCGCGCCUACAGCAGCAGUAACCUCACCGGCCUGGGAUUUUGUUCAUUUUUGUGUCGCCAUAAGCGCCGGCCGCUCAUGCCCGCUGUAAAGGGGCUCCUGUGGAUCAGGGCCCAGACCGGAUGCAACCGGGACCUGGGUCCCCGUGUCCUACCUAGUUGGCGGUCUCGGGACUAGCGUCUAGGUCAGGUUCCUAUUCCCAGAUCCUGUUCACAGCCUACGGUCCCACGCUCUGGUUCCUGGUGUCAAGCUCCCGAGACCCAAGUUGCAGAAAUCCGAAGAGACCUGAUUUUUUUUUUGGUCUCGAGUUCUGUUGCUGGUUCAAAUCCUGGUUCUGGUUGUGGUCCCGGGACCCAGCCGGGACGCAGAGCACUGAAGCAAAAAUCACCGACAACGAACCCCGAUCCCUCUCUGAUCCCGCAACCCCUGCCGCUUCAGCCGCCUGGAGGAGGAGUUUUGAGUUCGCCCUGCUGAAGCCGCCGCUGCUGCUGGAACGGACCAGGGACUGUACCUGGCAACCACGCCAGGCUGGACCUGGACCUGGACCCGGUGGCUACUCCGUCGGGAUGCGCGCCGUGGCACAGGCGGCCCGCGGACUGGGCCGCUUGUGUGCGGGCAGCUGCGGCAGAAGCCGAGGUCGCGGCCUCGGGAAGACGUGGGCGUACACGUGCCUGGCAUUGAAGAGCCUUGUGUACAACUCGUUCUCCAGCUACGACACGAUGGUGGACGCACUGUUCGAGCCACUGUUCUGGCUCGUCGACCGCCUGACGCGAUGGUUUGGCCUGGUCUUUGUAGCGCUGGUGGUAGGGCUCACAUCGUGCGUGGUGGUCGUGGGCUACGUGUGCGUGCUGCCCGCCAUCCUGGCCGAGUAUGGCCCAGCGGUGAGCGCCGCUCUCAUCCUUGUCUCCAACUGGUUCCUCAUCAUGAUCGUCUUUCACUACUACAAGGGUCUCACAACAUCGCCCGGGUACCCGCCGCCGGGCCAAGUGGACUUGCCGGCCGUGUCCAUCUGCAAGCGGUGCAUCGCUCCCAAGCCUCCGCGUACGCACCACUGCAGCAUCUGCAACAGGUGCAUUCUGAAGAUGGAUCAUCACUGCCCCUGGCUCAACAACUGCGUCGGAAACUACAACCACCGCUACUUCUUCUCCUUCUGCCUCUACAUGUCCAUGGGCUGUGCCUUCACAAGCAUCACGCUCAGCCGCACGUACUUCCGCACACACGCGCCCUCGCAGGUCGCUCCGAGCCACUCGCCCCUCAAGCUUCUCUCCCCGGCGUCCACCACGGCUGAGCCCGAGAAGCGUGAGGACCACGUUCACAACAGCAUCGUCUUCGUGUGGGUCCUCACCAGCACGGUGUCGGUGGUGCUGGGGGCGCUCACGCUGUGGCACGCGGCGCUCAUCUCGCGCGGGGAGACGAGCGUCGAGCGCCACAUCAACCGCAAGGAGCGCGCGCGCCUCCACAAGAAAGGGAAGGUUUUUAAAAACCCCUACCAUUUCGGAUCUCUGAGCAACUGGAAGCAGUUUUUCGGCGUCAAACACAGAAGGCACUGGCUGACGCGCGUGCUGCUGCCCUCCGGCCACGCGCCCCAGGGCAACGGCCUCGUGUGGCUCCCGCCUGAAGACUGGGUCGCGGCGCACCGCCACGGCCCCUCCGUCACGGUGUGAACGGCGCGACGUCCACCGUCGCCCACGGCUCUCCUGGCACUGCCGUGGUGGGGCAGCGAACGCCCGGCAAUCGACCCGCCAUCGUUGAAUGUUUUCACGAAGAGGAGGGUGGGGACGAAGACGUAUUUUGAACUGUUACAUUCUACUGACGGUUGCUGCAGGGAAUCAAACGUGUUACGGGUUAAUCUUGUAUUUGUAUGUUUUUAUUUUUAUGUAAAGCACAGCCCGUUGCGUUGAUGGUGAUGUCCGAUUUAUUUUUGUUUGUUUGUCCCAUUGGGCAAAGCAAAGAGAGAGGGUUUCCUCUUGAACCCGAAAACUUGCCGUCUCAAAAACGCCCAGCGACUUCCUAUGAUGUGAAGCGGCUUGUGCAGUCCGACAGUGCUGCAAGUCUUUAUUGUAAAUUAUGACGUUUACUGCGCGACCCGACACCAGGUUAUCUGUGUGGCGCGUGCGCGUUCUGCAUAUCUGACCUAUAUGAACGGGCGUUAUUUACAGAUCAAGAAUGAGCAAUAACAGCUUUCAUGGUUGUCUACAACAACAUUGGUGCUUUGUGCCAGGGGGUUAAUGGACCAAUGGGCACGUACUGCCAACACAUUCUCGUCUGAAUGCUGUGGGAUUAAGAACCAAUUAUUACGGAUGAUCAGGAUUUAUUUUGUCUCUCAAUAUUUAGGCCGGCUGCUAGAUGGGUGAACCAAAUGAUAGUAAACAUGAACACAAAGGCGAAAACACACAUGUAUGGGUGUAUGUUGAACUUCUUUCGCACCGUAAGGAGCCAACCAUGCUAAUCGGAGGUGCGUGGGAUGGGCUAAAAACUAAACACAGAAAGCAGUUCUAAAGAAAUUAGUUUUCAAUCUAGAUUUCAAAGUGCAUAGCUCCAGUGGCUUCCUAAUCAGAAGGAAGAGCGUUCCAGACGGCCCCAAAACCGCAUCCAAAAGUGCGAUGCACUGACAAUGUGCGUACACACACACACGCACCUAUACACCAAUGCAAACAUUCACGUUUGCAAAACACCACACGUAACAAAGGUAAAUAUACACUUAAAACAUGUAAAUAGUAUCACACACACGCAUAGUGAGACGUACAAGUUAACAUGUCCUGACGUGUUGCGUGUGGGUUGACAACCCAGGACACCAUUACAUAUGAUAUGUUCCAUCUAAAAGAUUUUCCAGGUGAAAUA